CGUGUGUCUUAAGUAGGUGACAUCGGGAGUUGAACUCAUGCGGAGUUAGAGAUACCAUGAUGCUUUUGAUCUCAAGCAGUUUCGGGAGAGGACACACAGGUUAUAGUAUAUUACAGGUGCAGUUUACAUUUGCCAUACCUCGACAGCUACAUUAGUUCUGUAAUGACUCAUGGUACAAGGAGAUGGCAUUGUAGAGGAUGGAUUCGACCAUCCCACAAGGCCCGAGGAAUAAAAAGGCCUGACCCGGAUUAGGUAGAGCGACAGCUCGAUCGGUCGGUUCAAGAGUCAGGUCUCUCGGCUUGACUCUUGAGUACUUUUAGUCGAUCGUCGUCGACUAAAGUAUAUUUCGCUCAGCGGCUGCUCGGACGCCUACGGGCUUCUCGGCCCAGCAGAGGAGGCCCACCAAGAUGGCGUAAAUUAGGUCAAGGACGAAGCAUCAGGACGUCUAUAUAAGGGAAAGUGGAGACAACGAGAGAAGGAUCCGAAAUCACUGACUAACACUUGGCGGCUAGAUUAGGGUUUUCACCUUUGCUUCAUCUCGCCGUUAGUUGUACUUUUCCGAUAGCUCAUCGAGCCACCGGCUUCCUUUCUGUCACACUCUUUUCGUUUCCCUUGUAACCGACUGAACGUUUUCUACGACCAUAAAUAAGACGUCUUUGUUAAAACCCAUACUUUUUUUAUUACCGUUUUCCGAUCAAACAGGCAUCUUGACAGUUUAUUUUUUUCCGUUGAAGACUUGUUUCUAUCUUCAAGGUUUUGCAUUAUUGAAGUGGAAUAGUAUUUCUCUAGAAAUAUAAUCAAUGUUAUAGAUAGAUAGAUAGACGAGAAGGUAUGUGUGUAGGACAUGUAAAGAUUGGUGAAGAAGCUUGUUGAGCUUUGUGUCUUAUGAAUCUCUCUACUGGUGUAAGGGGAUUUAGAUUUUGUGAAGAAAUCCUUUUUGGACUUUACUGAAUGUAAACUACUACAUCAAGAGGGGAUACAAUAAACCGAAUUAUCCGAUUUAAACCAAACAAAACCCGGUUCAAUCCCAGUUUCCUUAUAAUGUGGACUUGAAAAUGCUAAGAAAUCGAUAAUUUAGUUAUAUAAUUUUUUUAAAAAGGUAUAUUUUUGGUGAAGAUAAGAAUACAGUGAUUUGGUCAAGCAGAAGGUGAUUUUUAUUUGAAUUUUGGCAAAUGAGAGUAUUUUUGUAGCAUUUUCCCUUGAAUUUGAGUAUAUCUUAAAUUAAAUAUUGAGGGAACAAAAGGAAAAAGAAAUUUAAAAACCACCGAUAGUACUCUAAAAACCACCUUCACCUGUUCUCUCAUUGGCCGUCAGAAUCAUGAACUCCAACGAGCAUAACCCGAUGGAGCACUGGCUCGGGGAAAACAUCUCUGAUGCUCCAACCUACGCCACUAACGGCAAAAUCACGCUGCUCACCAUUGAAAUCCUCUUCUCCGUACUCAUCUUUAUGGUCUUCUCCUACCUCUACGAUCAAUGGUAUGCCACCCGCUCUAGGAGUCACCGCCCUACAAUGUUUUUCUUCGCCACCACCGAUCCUUCUCAUACCGCCUCACGCGGUCUAGAUCCCGUCGUCUUGAAAUCUCUCCCAGUUUUCAGUUUCUCCGGCGCAACUCACAAGGAUCCGAUUGAUUGCGCCGUUUGUCUCUCCGAGUUCGAAGAGGGCGAGUCGGGUCGGGUUUUGCCCGGUUGUAAACACGCGUUUCAUGUGGAAUGUAUUGACAUGUGGUUUCACUCUCACUCAACCUGUCCUCUCUGCCGCUCUCUCGUCGUCGUCGAGGAGCCUCACGCAACAACGACGGUGGAGGAGCAAGUCACGAUCACGAUCGCGAUUUCUCCUGAACCGCGAUCUGGAUCUUCGGCGAUGCCGCCGUUGGAUGAUUUAGGGAGAGAACCAGCGGCGAUUGAGACCAAUAGGAGGAGUUUCAGCGAGUUCGAAGAAGACGAUUUGACACGGAAUCACUCGCCGAUGAAUCGGAUGUUGAGCAGAAAAGGAAGAAGCGCCCCGUCUUCUUUUGCUGGAGCUCCUUCGUCAAGCUGCCAGGUAGUGAUGAACGAGUCGGAUAUUGAGCGGGGAGGAGAAGAGAUUAAAAGCGAUUUCCGCCACGUGGAUGUUCCUUAGUGGUCUUGAUUAUUGAUAUUAACAUCAAGUGUGUAAGUGUAUAACCAUGAUUUAGAUCAUUUUUAUUGCUAAGAAAUCUAAAUAGAAUAUAUAUUUU